AUGCAAGGGAUGCCUCGAACUCAAUCGUGCAGCUACCACAAGAGAAAACCCUGUUUAGCAAAGUGUUGGUAUGAUGAGAUCACAGUUGUAAAGCAUGAUGGCAAACAGAUCUGUUUACCCUGUCCUGUUUGUUCAGACGAAUUUGGCCUCACCAAACCAUGUGGAAGUGUUGUAACUGAUGGUGCGAUACCUAAGUGUGAACUUCCGAUCUUAGGAGAAACCUUCGUCGAUCAGCAGGGUGUUCUACAGUCUUGCAAAAUUUGUUCGAUUGGUCAGAAGGUUUUAGCCAACUGUUCCACCAAAUCAAAUACCAUUUGUGGUGAGUGCAUGCCAGGGUUUUAUCUGAACGACCACUCAAAAGCUUGUGAACAGUGCUUCUGGUGUUGUGGUUUUAGCGACAGUCAAAGUAUCGUGAACUGUAUAAAGGAAGGAAUGGCGUCUUCAGAGAACUCUCAGGGGCUCGCUAUUAAGCCUCAUAUUCCAUCUUUGGGCUUUAAAUGAACAGUUUGGGCAGCUGCAAACUGUAGAACAAGAAAACUAUAAGGUGAACUCAAUCGAACUUGACAAGGUGACAACAUUGAUUGUAUUGAGCAUAUGCUUCUUUCUGAUUUGGGUUGCCAUUUCAGUACCAUUAUCGGAGGGCAACUAUCAGUAUCCAUUUCCAAAUGAAGAAAACAAUUGUGAGCUGAUGGAAAAGAAGGACUGUGCUGAAAUUACAGAAACUUCUUCACUUGCAGGUAAGUUAAGCAUUCAUUUAUGAUCUCUAAUUGGUAUUCAUUGCUUUAUGUUUUCAGUGCCUAUAGGCUUAAAACUCUUGUGUAUAGAGUACUACACCUAGCGUUUUAAACAAAAACAGAGUACCCCACUUCUUUUCACUUUUUGUUUGUUUAUUUGUUUUUGUUCUCUAUUUUUUAUUUGUUUUGUAGAAAGGACUAGAAAAUGGAGUCUUCCCAUGCUGUUUUUCUGAAAAAGCUACCUUGUGUUUACGAUAUACAAAUUUUAUGCGUAUUUUUGCAUAUGUAUAUUUUAUUUCGUAGGUAGUAAGGAGCCAGAGUUGGAGUGUCCAAAACAACAUAGCCCAGGUCAUAUGGUAUUUGAAAAGACAGGAGUUGAGGUUGUUUCUCUUGAUAACAACAGGUCUACUCUUCAACAGUUGCCACGUGAUUUGGUACUGCAUGCCACACCAGAAGGGCUGGAUUUACCUGGAUUACUUGAGGAUGAUGAAUUUCCACUAAGUCCAGCAUUUAUUUUUAUUUCAAAGAACCAGUUGCUGGAACCCCUUGAGCUUCAGAUACCUCAUGGUGCAAACAUGGUGCUUUCUCCAAAUAAGUGGAAAAUCAUUUUGAAGGAGUUGAAAAAUGAUGAAUGGGUAGUAAGUUAUGUGGAGGGUAGUAAGUCAUGUGGAAUAAAAGAAUUCCUCCCCAAAAGCAAUCAUGUUAGCUUUAAAACAAAUUAUUUUGCAACAUUUGCAGUGGUUGGACACUGUGAAGAGCGAUCUUUACCAGUAUUCAAGAGAAUGAAGGUCAUGGCAUUUUGUAAUGACACCAGAGUUGGAGAAGACCUUGUUGUGAGAUUGUACUGCUUUGAUGACUGCGAGUGGUCAUUUGAGGUAAGCUUUUGAGGAUAAAAAACAGAUUUUCUCCUUAGAUAGGACUGAAUUGACAAUAGUAAGGGCAUUGAAUUUCUCCCUGAGUUUCAGCAUCGAAGAGACCAAAAGAUCUCUUUCAUAUAUAAAUUUUUUUUCAAUUGUUCAGUAAGAGGACAGGUGUUUCAAACCUUGUGACAUCUUACCCAGCUGUGGCAAUCUGUUUUUGUACAUAAUUGAAGUCUUAACUAGGAUUCUUAAGGUAUUUACAAGGAUAUGUAAUUUAAUUUUUAAUUUGUGCCAGUCUAGUUCAUAAAGAAUCCCAACUUCCAAUCAUGGUUACUUAUGUUAUAUAAUUUUGUUAGAUCUAUUUCUGUAAGUAAUGAAUUUUAACAAAAUUGUGUGACCUUUGCUCCACAGAAUGUUAUGAGGGAGGAGAAAAAGGAAGGAGGAAAGCCCAUGUCAUCAGUUGAAUCUCUUGAUUUUUCUGUAAUUCAUGGAGAGGAUGUAGAAAUUGGUGUGAAGGAUAUUGAUGGCUGGAAGCUAAAGAGUGGUCACCAAAUGGUAUUUUGCAGUCAUUGUUUGAGUGUCGUGCACCAACAGAGAAAGAUUCUGAGAAAAAUGGAAACUUUCAAGCUUCACUGAAGAUCUUAAAAUUGUGAACUUGAUAAUUAACUUUCUUUUCAGAUCCCUAAAAGUUUUGCUAUCUCUUGAUGAUUUUGAAGACAUUUGCAUUUUGUUCUCUUUUUUUUUUUUUUAGAAAAUCAGCUAUGCAUCACUGAAGAACUCUUUCAGUACAACUCCCAGAUGCAAUCUGGUAUUUAGCUCAGCAUCCAUGGAAAAGAAAAGCAGCUUCUUUGCUACUAUUAUUUUGACUCAGGCAUCCAAUCAAACUUUGAUGUAUGCAAGCACUGCUAUUAAGGAGGUACAUUUUACGUAGUACAUUUUAUAGCACAAAAUAUAAAUAUAUUUUAAAUUUCAGUGAAUUAAUCUGCAGGAGACACAAUGGCCUCUGUUGUAGUCUAUUUUAAUGAGGAUUUGGUCACCUAUAGUUAGUCUUCUUCUUGCUUGGGGUCAUAUUUGUGUUUAGAACCAGAAACUAAUAAUUUAUCCACAACACCAAUGAGAGUUUACCAGCAGUACAGUUACUGCCAACACAGGGUUUUUCUAAUUUUUUUUGGAUUGAGCGAUAUGACAACUGAAAGAGCUCUAAUUUUCCAUUUUUUCAUUGUAGGAUCCAAGCUGGUAUACGAAUCAGAGCUCGAUUGCAAAUGCCAUGAAUGGUGAGUUGUUUACACUUACUGAGAGGUGUUAGGUUUUAGUAGCCUUCAAAUGGAUGAAGGUCAGUAUAGCUGGAUUGAGUCGUAAAGUUGUCAGUUAUUAUUCUUUUGAAGUAAAAAACUACUUGAAAAUGCAAGGAACUUUGUUCCUGUAGGGGAACUGAUGUUUUCUUCCCAGUAAUCACAACUAUUACUUUCUUCCUUCAUAAGGAAAUCAAGUCACAAGUAUCGCAGAUAUCACUGUUGUAAAGAGUGGAAAGGGAAAAGAGAAAGGAAUUUCUGACUGCAUCAUUCAGUUGCCAGCUUUAUACUCAACCUGAACUCAACCUGAUAAUCAUCAGAGAUGAGGUUCCAUUGAGUGAACUUCAGCGUCCAUAGACUAGAGGCAUUAUACUGUGUAUAUUUCCUUUUGUUUUAAUUUAAUCGAUUGAGUAAGACAAAAAACCAAGA